CUCUAAAAGCAAUCAACCAUUCUCUCUCUUUCUUUUCUUUUGAUCUUCAUUUUACCAUUUCAGCUCACAAACUUCUUUUUCUUUUCUUUUUUCCUUCAUUGUAAUACCAAAUCUGUGCUGAAUUGGAGUUCAUGUUUGAUCUUUCACGGUGGUUUCAGUUGGGGACUACGUGGCUUCUUCAAUCUUCAACUCAAUUUCGCUUCUAAUUCAGUCCCUCACCCUCCGGAUUUUGUUUUUCCGAUCUUAUUUCUACUUCCCAGUUGGGUUUUUAGUUCUUGUGGACAAUGGCGAAGCGUGGAUAUAAACUACAGGAAUUUGCGGCACACUCAGGAAAUGUCAACUGUCUAAGUAUUGGGAAGAAAGCUUGCCGACUGUUCAUAACUGGUGGAGAUGAUUAUAAAGUCAACCUUUGGGCAAUUGGAAAACCUAAUUCUUUGAUGAGUCUUUGUGGUCAUACUAAUCCAGUUGAAUCAGUAGCUUUUGAUUCAGCAGAAGUUUUGGUGCUCGCCGGAGCUUCAUCUGGUGCAAUAAAGUUGUGGGAUCUUGAAGAGGCUAAAAUGGUUCGCACUCUAUCUGGUCAUAGAUCAAACUGCACGGCAGUUGAAUUUCAUCCAUUUGGCGAGUUCUUUGCAUCAGGUUCUAGAGACACAAAUCUUAAAAUCUGGGAUAUUAGAAAGAAAGGUUGCAUUCACACAUACAAGGGGCACACACAAGGCAUUAGUACUAUCAAGUUCACACCAGAUGGUCGUUGGGUAGUCUCUGGUGGUUUUGAUAGUGCUGUGAAGGUAUGGGAUUUAACUGCUGGAAAGUUGAUGCAUGAUUUCAAGUUCCAUGAAGGACCUAUUCGAUCCAUUGAUUUUCAUCCACUUGAGUUUCUCCUUGCGACAGGGUCAGCAGACAAAACUGUGAAAUUCUGGGAUUUGGAAACCUUUGAAUUGAUUGGAUCUACAAGACCCGAGGCUGCUGGAGUACGUGCAAUCACCUUCCAUCCAGAUGGGAGGACCCUGUUUUCUGGUCUGGAUGAAAGUCUGAAGGUAUAUUCGUGGGAGCCUGUUAUUUGUCAUGAUUCUGUUGACAUGGGAUGGUCAACACUUGGUGACCUUUGCAUUCAUGCUGGGAAACUCUUGAGUUGCUCAUCUUAUCGAAAUUCUGUUGGAGUUUGGGUAGCUGAUGUAGCGCUUAUUGAGCCAUAUGGAGCUAGUUCAGUAUCUGGGCAAAAGGAGCCAAAAGAACAGAAUCUCGGUUCUGCCUUCAAGAACAGUCUAGCUUCGAAAAGCACUGGAAGUGAUUUGGUGACUUCAAAUCUGCAAUCUCUGUCUCCUGAUUAUGAAACAAAGGAGAUAAAGAAUAUAUACAUAGACACAACUGGUGGAAAACCUGUUUCACCACAGAAGGCAGAAUCUUUAAGCUCCCCCAAAAUUGUUUUUGCAUUGGAUUCGAAGGAGAUUAGCUACAAUGCAAGCAAAAAGCAAAAUCUUGCAUCGCGAGUAGAAGUGAAAUCUAGUGAAUUAUCAAAAGAUAAACCCCCAGUUAUACCUUGUGAUAGCCCUGAGGUUAAAGACCCACCAAGCUCUGUGAGGGAAUCUAUCACAUUUUCGAAGACAAGGCGUGGAAUGUUACUCAGGCCGGCUCAUAUAAGAAAGCCAUCCAAUAGUAAAAUAGACCUUGAAAAACUCUCUGUGUCAGUUGAUUCAAGUAGAAAAACUGAUCUUGAGAGACUACCAGUUGUAGAUUCUGUAAAUGUCUGUAAUACCACCAAUGACUUGAAUAAAGCUCCAGUACAAAACUUGAAAACAAGUGUUGUGUCAGAAGUAAUACAUGUAGAUCCUUGUGGAACAAAUUCUGAUCUCAUUAGUAUUGAGAAGUUCGAAAAAAUCCCCUCUGUAUCAGCUGAGACAACUUCAGAACAAGAAACCUGCAACAAAUCAGUUGAGAAUAGCGAAGGGGCAAACUCUGUUAAAUUUGUAAAUGGAGUUGCAGUUGUUCCUGGAAGGACACGGACUCUUGUUGAGAGGUUUGAAAGGAGAGAAAAAACGAAUGAUGUACAGACAACAAUUUCACCAUCUAAUGUCCUUGAACCAGAGAAAACGAGAGAACAAACUAAUAGCUUAGAAGUACAAGUGGUUACACCUCAGAUCCUUGAAACUGAGAAGACACAUGAACAAACUAAUGACUUUAGAGUACAUGAAGUGACUAUGCCUUCUCAUGUCUCUGAAACAGAGACGAGAUGUGAACGGACUAGUAACUAUGAAGUACAGGCAGUGGCUAUUCCUUCCCAUGUCUCUGAACCUGAAAAGGCAAGAGAACAAACUAACAACUAUGAAGUACGAGCAAUGGUUAUUCCUCGUACCCCUGAAACUAAGAGGAUGGGUAUUAACUAUGAAGCAAAACCAAGAAGUAACCAUGAAGCAAAACCAAGAAGUAACUAUGAAGCAAAACCAAGAAGUAACUAUGAAGCAAAAACAAGAAAUAACUAUGAAGCAAAAUCAACUCUUAUAUCUUCUCAUGUCCCUGAAACAGAUAAAACCGACAAUUUACAGAAAGGAGAACCUCAAAUUUCUGGAAGAGAUUCUACCUCUGCAAAUGACAGGGAUGUCAUUGAAGAUUUGAUGCAAUCUCAUGAUGUAUUCUUAAGUACCCUCCGAUCCCGCUUGACAAAAUUGCAGGUGGUACGACACUUUUGGGAGCGGAACGACAUGAAAGGCGCCAUUAAUGCCAUGACAAAGCUUCCGGAUCAUUCGGUGCAAGCAGAUGUGAUCAGCGUUCUCGUUGACAAGAUGGAUGUCUUGACUCUAGAUUUAUUCUCAUGCUUACUUCCUGUACUUGUGGGUUUAUUGGAUAGCAAGAUAGAAAGGCAUGCCAGUUUGUCAAUGGAGAUUCUAGUGAAGCUUGUAGCAGUUUUUGGUCAUGUUAUAAGCUCAGCAGUAUCAGCACCUCCAGUAGUCGGUGUUGACCUUCAUGCGGAACAGAGGGUACAAUGCUGCAAGCAAUGCUUUACCCAACUGCAGAAGGUUCAAAAAAUUAUUCCAUCAUUUGUAAGGAGAGGUGGUUCACUAGCUAGAAGUGCUCAGGAAUUGAAUCUAGUUCUUCAACAAUGUUAAGUUUGGUUCACCGUGCCAAACUUCUGGCAAAGAACAAAUAAGUAGGUAGGCUGACACCCCUAAUAGAAAGAACGGGCAGAUGCAACAUCUUUUAAAGUUGAAGCCAUAGUCAUCCCACAAAUUAGCCGGAUGCUUGCUUCCAGUUCUGGUUUCGUCGGUUGUAAAGGGGAAUCCAGCAGGGUAAUCGACAGAAAAAAAACUUAGAAGACGACAGGGAAAUUGGCAUGUUGGAAUGUUUAGAUGGAACGUUGGAAGCCGGCCCUCCUCACUUUGAUUCUUCAUGUUCCGGGUAUUGUCUGUAUCUUUUGAUUAACAAUGUGUAAUUAUGUGCCAAUUCAUACCAUACAUGUAAUGCGUGGAGACAUUCAAUGCAAAUAUAUGAGUUAGAGUGAAAUCCGUUUGUUCUAUUUGUGUGUAAGUAAAAAGUUUCCUUUACAUGUUAAUUUUAAGAAAUAGAAAUAACCACUAUUAUGGUUGUAGCAUUAGCAGGGGGAACAAAGGCAAUGAUUCUUCAUAUUCUUGGGGCAUUUUCUUCACAGAUUUGAGAACUGAGACUAUUCAGUAUGUAUAACUUGUAUUUGAAUUGUAUAGAGGUAGAGUUUCACUUUAUAUCAUUGUACCUCUCUCUCAUGGAAUAUGAAUUUUGUAUUUCAUCUCUAAA